UCGGAGUUCACUGUAGCGCCACAGCUCCGGUGAAAGUGUGCGUCUGUGCCAGGUGAGUGCUCGCAGGCGGAGCAGCGACAGGAGAACUCCUCCUCGCCGACCUUAACGUUCCUCGGCCGGUUUUACACUGAAGAAUAGUUCCUGCGGCGGAGGAAUUAGCGGCAGUCGGGGGGGGGGGGGAGGCGGCGCGCCGCGGAGGAGCGCUGCGGAGCGGACACAGCCACAGGUCUUCUGCCGUCGAACAGCAAAGUGCAGGUGGGUCAUGCGGAAUUCUCCGCUCGGUGACCGGAGCAGUGAACGAAGGUGAAGAGAAACCACAAGCAGAAACACCCGGAGCAGGACCAGGACCGCUAUCUGCACAUCCGGAUCAGAGGGAAGAGCCAGCAUGUCCCGGAGAAAACAGAGCAAACCCCGGCAGAUCAAACGUUCUCUAGGGGACCUGGAUAGUGGCGAGGAAACCACGGCAGACAACCACAGUCUAUCAGGAGAGGAGGGAGGAGCCUCCGAUCCGGAUGAUUCGGCAGAGGGCGACAGCUCCAGUCCGCCACCGUACACGCCGCUGUACAGCGAAGAGUGCAAGACGCAAGACUCUCGAGAGGAUCCUGGUGAAGAAGAGGAGGAGAGGGAGGACCGAGGUCCAAUGCAGAGUGCAGGAGACGAGGAAGAAGAAGGCGAAGAUGAAGAAGAGUCGCUAAAGGGGAGCGUCCCAGAUGGCGUGGAGCUGACAGAAGGAACCACCAAGAAUGGUUUGGUGGCUGGUAGGGACCUCCAUCCAGACACAACAUGGGGCCCAUACCCAGGAAUCCUCCAGUCAGAGGGCAGCACAGAGGAUCAGCAGAGAGAGAACUCCAGGCUGACUUUGGUGUGUGACGAACCAGACUGUUGGAUCAGCCGAAUCCUUACCUCUAACCUCAAAGCUGCCAGCUGUACCAUCUACAGCCAAGGUCACAACGUCUUCUGUAAGGUGACCAGAGAGCUUGCAGCUGGCGAGAAGCUCCUGGCCUACUUGAUGCCUCCACCCAGCUCCUCCUCCUCGCCGCUGGUGCGGCUUUCUUCACCGCUCAGCCUCGUCACGCAGAAGCAGCCAGUCGUGAAGGAGGAGCCCGCCGUACCCAGCAUCCCGGGCUCAGACAUCCAGCUCCUCCCACAGCAAGCUGGCAUGGCCGCCAUCUUAGCUACUGCUGUCAUCAACAAGGACAUUUUCCCGUGUAAGGACUGCGGGAUCUGGUACCGAAGUGAGAGGAACCUGCAGGCCCACCUCAUGUAUUACUGUGCCAGUCGACAGAAGCAGCCAGCCGCAGCCGCGUCGCCCCCACAGGAAAAACCCAAAGAGUCCUACCCCAAUGAACGCAUCUGCCCGUUCCCACAGUGCAGCAAGAGCUGCCCCAGUGCCAGCUCACUGGAGAUCCACAUGCGCACGCACAGCGGUGAGCGCCCGUUUGUCUGUCUCAUCUGUCUGUCAGCGUUCACCACUAAAGCAAACUGUGAGCGCCACCUUAAGGUCCACACGGACACACUGAACGGGGUCUGUCACGGUUGUGGCUUUGUCUCCACCACGAGGGAUAUACUCUACAGUCAUCUGGUUACUAGUCAUAUGGUUUGUCAGCCUGGAUCCCGCAGUGAGGUCUACUCUCCCGGCCCAGGACUUCCCAAGCUGCCUCUGGCCACAGGUCUUAGUCCAGGAGACUCUGGUGUGGUGCUAAAGUGUCAAGUAUGUGGCCACAAUUCAGACUCCCCUGCCCAGCUUCAACAGCAUGUACGAACCCACCUAGAGGUCAGAGUCCCGGCAGAAAGGAGCCCCACCCCACGCCAAAGUAGCCCGUCAUCAGUUGACCACUCCCAUAUCCAACCGCCACCUCAAGAGAGGGAACCUCCUGGGUGUGUCCCAAAGCCUGACUCUUUUAGCCCGGGUGCAAAUGGUGGCUCAGCAACGCAACAAGGCUGCAGUCCUCAUUCCUCAAACACUGAUAUAAAGAUCAAAGAAGAGCCUCAUUCAGACUCUGAGACAGAAGAGAGCGGGCAAUGGGGAUUAGAGGAGCUGAUGAGGAGGAUAAGGUGGUAACCAGCUGCCACCUCCUCUUCCCAGAUAUCAAGUUCACCGAAGAGUCCGGCCGUGACGUCUGUGAAGGCAGAGCCCACUAGUCCACCUGGUUCUAGCCCUGCUCAUGGAGGAGGGGCAGGAUCAGUUAUGCCAGGUGGAGCAUGUUUUUGUCCCAGACUGUUUAACCCUGAGGCAGCCAUUUUGCCUCAGGCGUCAGAGAUUCUGGCUAAAAUGUCAGAGAUGGUCCACAGUCGUCUGAAGCAGGGCCAGACGGUUCCUCAAAGCAAUCCAGCUUUCUUUCCUGCUGGGCCAACUGCACCUACAGCCACGGCCACUCCUCCUCUAAAGGGGGCCACCUGUUUUGAGUGUGACAUCACCUUCAAUAACAUUAACUUCUAUGCACACAAGAGGCUGUACUGCUCCAGCAGGCACCAAGCAGAAGGUGCAUCCUCACUUCAGGGUUGGCUGGGGAGUGGAGCUCCAGGUACGGGGCCUUCUACAGGGGCACAUGGCACCUCACAUCACUCAGGGCGAGCCGGGAGCAGAGCAGCCUCAGCCUCUCCAGCUGACUCUGACCCUGCGAGUAGCGACUGUUGGAACAGAAACCAGGAGGGUAGUUGAAGUAAAACAGAAACCCCAGUGGCAAAAGAGGGAAUAUCUUCUUCCUCUGAAGGAGAAGGUGGAUGUGGCAGUGUGGGACCAGGAGGGGGAGGAGGUGGAGCAAGCGAGGGCAGCCAGAGCCCAGCUAGCGGUUCUGCUGAGGAUUCGAGGGAUGACCCCAAAACCUUCUGUUAGGGCUGCAACAUUCGCUUCAGCCGCCAUGACAACUACACUGUUCACAAACGUUUCUACUGUGCCUCACGCCAUGACCCAACCAACCACAGAGCUGUACACAUGAGCAAGGCCAACUCUACUGGAGCCUUCCAACACCAGCCCAUCCGCACACGGAAGAGAAAGAAGAUGUACGAGAUCCACAUGGCCAGAACUGAGGCCUUAGCCAACGCUGGCGCUGCGCUGCCCGCCGCUGCUGCUGCUAAUGCUGCUGCAGCUGCCCCGUCUCCAUCCAUUGUCGGUCUGGCAGUAAAGCAGGAGGUUUCCCCAAGUGGACCAGGCAGUGCCAGCCCAGAAGGAGAUGGACCUAUUGACCUAAGCAAGAGGCCCAGACGAGAUGUUCCACAGCACAGUAGUGGCGGCAUUCUUCCCGCCCUGCCGCUUACUGACAAUCACAAGUGCACCGCCUGCAGUAUCAGCUUCAACAGCAUUGAGAACAACCUGGCUCAUAAAACCUAUUAUUGUCCUGCUACUAUCUACUCGCAACCCCACACCUUGGAACAACUUCACAGGAUAAAGCGAUCUGCCUCUACCUCUCCCAAAAGCAGACCGCAACAUGAACGUCCAGAUCUGCAGCCUGUGGAGCUAAAUCUGCCCGCUGAGUGGGUUACUCAGGCUCAAGGCACGUCAUUUAGUCCUCACCGCUCCAUCGUACCGGCCUCGGGUGCCACAUUCACCUCCACAUACAACCACAUUCUUGCAGCCACCCCAGGAGCUGGAGCCAAAGGUGCUGGUGCUGGUUCACCGCAGGUGGUCUGUCCAUAGCCCUAACAGGCCCUCACUUGUGACCUAAUGGAGCAUUUCAAAACUACGCAUGGCCCUGUUACUGUUCAACAACCCCAGGAGGCCCAACCUCAGCCUGGCAGUGUGAUCAGCUGCAGCCCCAGCCUUAGUCCCAGAGAUGGCCACUGCACCACCUCCACUACCGCAAGUGGCCCAUCCAGAGUGAUCUCCCGCAUUCAUCGAGAGGGCAUCAAUGGGCAGACAAGGAGCGAUACAACUUCUCCUCUUCCCACUAGUAAUGGGAGCCCUUCUGGUGGGGAGUGGAUCCCUUUGGCCAGCUCACCUAUGGCCACAUCCCCCCAAAGGGCACAGUCUCUGACUUUGUCACCCAUGCCUGAGGUCCUGAGUGAGACGGUGGGGUCGUCGCACCUACCGGACAGGGCUGCCCUGGCCAUUGCUUCCCAUUCUGUCCCUGCACUUCAGCCACCCCCUGUCCCUGGCCCAGUGGUCUCCAGCUAUAUCCCCAGUCCAGAACGGUAAUUCCCAGCUACUGGUCGACUUUGUAAUAUCAAGUUUAGCAGCCUGUCCACAUUCAUAGCUCAUAAGAAAUACUACUGCUCCUCUCACAGGUGCCGAACACGUCAAAUGAGGAGGAAACCUUCCCCCUCGCCUUCCUCCUUCCUUUUUCCACCUUCUAGAGUGGAGGCAUUCCUCCAUUCACUUCCAAGAAGCUAAGAUGCCAGUGCUUGUGCGCGCGCGGGUUACAUCAGCUGGCGUAACUAUGAGUGACUGUUAUUCCACCCGGCAGGUUCUGGUUCCACCCUGAUUGGACCAGAGGUGUGUUACUGUUAACCUCCUCCAAUGGGUCAAAGUCUGCAGAACGCUACGAGCUGAGACGGAUGUUAGUGGUGUUUUCGUCCCCCCCCCCAGAUCACUUCCUCCUCUACGUCUACCUGCCCUGCCCAGUCCUGCAACAACAUGUUGCAUUAAUGGGACGUUAAAAAGAUCUAUGCCAACAACAUAAUUCUGGUCUCUUUUUAGAUAUUUGUGACUGUAACUGGACCUGACAGUUGGAGGCAUUUCAGACUGAUAACAGUGCAGCAGCGAUUAUGCGAUUGUGACGGAUCUGUAGUCUUUUCCUGAGCUCUAGAUUUUCCAGACCUAAACAGGGGCAAUGAUUCUCUUGUGUGGGGAAAGAUUGAUCAUUGUUAAUGUUUUUAUUAUCUGUGCAUAGUGUAUAUGGUGAGAAGAAAAAAAAUCCUAUAAUUUGGUUUCAAACACUGGCUCGUCUCUGUUUCUCUGAAAAAAGCUGUUUAGCUUGCAAACGUGUGAUCUCACAAUGUUACUACUAAUUACUGAAGGAUAAUAUUUCAAUAUAGACAGGUUCAGCUUUUUUCAUUGUUUUUUUAUUAUUCUCUUUAAAAUGCAGGGAGAGAAAAUAAUGUGAAAUAUUUAUCUUUUAGGUCCUCACUGAUUUCACAUCAACAGAAAACUACCUACCUAGUGUCAGAGAGUAUUUGUAUUUUUUAUUUGUAUAUUUUUCUUACUUUUGGAAGGAAGUGUUUGGAUGUUGGUGUGUUGAAGUGUACUUUCUAAGUGUAGAUAUUUAAUAUCUUCUCACGGUAAUCACUGGGCUCAUGGUGAACAUUUUUUUGUUUGUUUGUUUUGGAGUCGAAUUGGUGGUUGUUGUUUGUAUGUUUUUUGUGUUUUGUUUUGUUUUUUUUUGUUUUGUUUUGUUUUUUUAAUCCCACUGACUUUACUGAUUAUAUUUGAUCAGGAAAAUUUUCUUCAACAUAUGCAGCUUUCUUUCUGGAAACAUUUCAAAUGGCCACAUCACAUACGGUUGGUUCAUAUUUUGCUGGGAAUAAUGUGUUGUUCCAAACUUAGUUUAGAACAAGUUCCCUCUGAAUUUAGAAAAAGCGAGUCAGACCUAAAAAAUGUAUACAGUCAAUAAAAUUGGAGCUUUUGUUUUCCACAUUCUCAGCCUCAGUGCGCAGACAUGCAAGAGAAAAACACAUCAAACAGCUUUUCUUUCUCAUAUGUAGCUUUAAAAAGUUUUUUCGUUUAAUAUUUUUUUAAAUGAUUGUAUUUCUGUCCGGCAAUGAAGUUCAUAGUGAGUUAAAAGAACCAACUUGUCAUCUAAGAGCGCUGAGAAUUAUUAUUGUUUUUUAAAGUGCACAAUUUUUUAUCAAUUUUCCUUCAGAGCGUUCAUCUUCGUGCACGUCCACGGAAUUGAACACUGCAUCCAUCUCUGAACAGCAGGGGGGCAGUGUGUCAGCAUUUGGUGUCAAAGUGCUUUACAAUUAUGCCUCACAUUCACCCAUUCACACUGGCACACUCACACACCGAUAUCAGUUAAAAUCAAGUAUACAAGCGCUCUUAGCAGAUGACCUCGCAGCCGAAAAGGAAGUACGGGCAUCAUGUUGCCCGCUAUGUGACAGACGUUAGCGCUCACUUUGUUGCUCUCGCUUGUGUACACGUCCAGUUUACGCGUUAUGUUCCUGAUCAGCUCUGUAGCUGUGAUAUAGUGUUAGCUUGAACUGUGAAAUGCACAUUUUUUCUCUGACACAAAGUUGCAUCUCUGAAUUUGGCAAAUGUUUUUCACUGAAUGAAAAAAGUUAAAAACAUCCUGAUCUUUAUGCGAUAAAAGCUAAUUUACACAAUUUUGAAAAAGUAGAUGGGGCUCGUCCUGGAGGAGGGCUGAAACAUGGCGAUGCAUUUUGUCCAGUAGUUAAUGAUUUGUGUGUGUGUGUGCGUGUUCUCAUGCUCACACAGGAUUUUAUUCAUCCGGACAAAAAAGCCUCGGACGCGACUUGCAGAUGAUCAUAUUCCACGUGGUCAAAAUGUGUUUGAAUGACGUUUCCUGCAGGUCAUUCCAGGAUUGGAAGCAUUUUCCGGCUCUGCCAUUUGGCGGUUUCUGCACCUUUCAAUGUCGUCUUGAACCUAAGCUCUCUCCCUAAUCGUUCAUAGGAACAGAUGAGUGAGUUAGAGGUCUGUGCACACUGAAUGUGAUCUUUAUCCAGGAAGAUGCUCAGUAAGGUGAUUUAUAUUUGGAUAAUAUUUAAACAAAGAUGGCUACAACUAUAAAAGUGUUGUCUGUCACGGUAUCUUAAAGAAAAUACUUCAUAUUAGUACAUGGUCAGCUUGGAGGGUAAUUACAUUCAGAUUUGGUGGUUAUUUACUCCACAUGUCACAUAUCCCGUGUUUGUAUCGGGCAAUAUGGCAUCCAUGCAAGUUCUCAAAGAGCUUUGCAGAUCUACACAUAAAUGAGUCAGUGUUGCACAAAAUAGACAAAUUCCUAAAGUUUUAAACAAAAAAUACAAAUUACAUUAAAAUCUAACAACAAUAUAAGACGAAACAUUGGGCAAAAUUAAAUUUACACUUAAAUGUGCAUGUGUGUGGUACCAGGUCUCACUGAAGGAUCUUUUGGUAUUGCUGGACUGACUUCAUGUCAAACGAGUGGUUACGUAGAGAGUCUGAUGAGGAGUAUCACCUGCAUUGUGAGAGCGCGCCAGCUGCACAUUUUGCCCAUGUGGCAAGUUUUUCUGUGCGUAAUCCAGCAUUUGAGCUGAGUUAAUUCUGACAACAUACUUAGUCUCGAAUAAAAUGUCAGUCAGUUUUGCCAGUUACUUUGAAAAGUUACUUUUAGUUACUUUAUGCAGUUACUUCAAUAGCAGCUUUAUGCAGUUACUUUAUUAGCAGCUGUUGACAACUUGUAACUAAUAAGUAAUGUACUAUAAGGUAACUAGUAAUCUAACUUGGUUACUCUUAAGGUUGAGUAAUCACCAAUAGUAACUAAUAGUUGCUAAUGAAGUAACUGGAUAAAGUAACUAAAAUGUAACUAAAAAGUAAUAAAUAAAGUAACUUUUCUAAGUAAUUGUGGUAACACUGCUUAAUAAUAUUUAGUCACCUGAAUUAUUUAGUUUGAGUUGACUAAUAUCGCAAGCUUUGUGGUCAACUAAACCUACGGGAGAGUUAGUUAAAUCAGCUUUCAUCGACUAAAACAAUUCAGAUGAACUCGUCCAAGCACUUUUGAUCUCUUCAAAAUGUGAAGAAGAUGCUGUAAUUCCAACACAGCCACCUGGUUUGGAUGUUUUUACCCUCAGAUUAAAGUUGACAAUUUGCGCGAUCUAUUUAUUUUUGACUACUUCUUCUUUCAGCUGCUGCCGUUAGGGGGCGCCACAGCAGAUCAGUCGUUUCCAUGUCACCCUGUCCUCUGUAUCUUCCUCUGUCACACCAACCACCUGCAUGUCCUCCCGCAGCACAUCCACAAACCUCUUUAUUUUUUUGACCCUGAGACAAUUCGCCGCUGUCAUUAACAAAGGUUGAUGAUGGUUUGAUUGAUGGAUUCAGAAGUGGAAAAACUAUAAGUUGAAUUUAACCCCUUUUAAAAACAAAUGCACUGCUGGAAGAAAAUGUGCUGAUGUUUUACUUUUCGAGAAUUUUUUUUUUUUUAUGUAUUUAUGUUCAUACAGCACUUUUCCCACCCAAAAUGUGUCAUAAUUUCCCUUUGAAGGACUUUCUAAAAGAACCUCACAUUAAACAUUUUUUUUUUAAGUUAGAAAAAAUAUUCUGGUGUCCAUAGUGGAAAAAAAUCACAAUGAAUAUCCAAAAAGUUUAUUUCAUCUUAUUUUCACGUUCCACUACACUCUUGUCCAAACUAUGCAUGGGAAAUAAAGUUCUGAGAGACACUG